AACAUAUUGGUGCUUGUCAACAUGGUCAACAUGGCGGCUGCGGUGAGCGAAUUCGAGCCGUGGUUGAUUGAUAAAUUAAAAUCAUUAAAAACUGACGAAGGCGUAUUUGGGUCUUACAUAUCCGGUAUUUUGGAAAGCGAAGAUUCUAUAGAUGAGAAGAAAGAUGCUUUAGAAGGCAUACUAUCUGAGAUUGUGGAAAGAGAUAUAUCAGUUCACGUUAACGAAAUAAUAGAUAAGUGGGAACUCUGUAAGCCUAAAGAAGAAAUACCUAAACCUAGAGAUGUAGACAUUCAGUUGACUAAAUUGUUAGAAUCUCAAUCACUAGCAACUACUAGUCGACGGGAGUAUACUGACGAAGAGAAAAAAAUUCGUGAAGCAAUAUUGUCUCAAUAUAGUCAGCUCUCUGAUAAUGAGGAAGAUCAAGAGAAAGAAGAGUUACCAGAUUGCCAAGAUUUAGUCAAAAAUACAAAUGCUUUAGAUGUCGCUGCAGCUGCUAGGGACCGCAGAGAGCAGGCUCGACUUGAGGCUCAACGCAAAAAAGAGAGAGACAAGGAAGACAGAGAGAAGCAGAAGGCAUUAAAAGAAGAGAAAAAAGAAAAGCGUAAAACACAAAAAGGGGAAAGAAAGAGGUAGCAAUAUUAACAGUCUGGAGCCAAAUAAGCCACCCGAGCUUGCAUUUAUAAAGACCUAAAUUAUUGUUCUUUAAAGUAGUCAUCAAUCGCUACGUUAUAAUAUUGGUCUUAAAUUUUGGAGAUAUUUAAUUUACAAAUUUAUUUUCAGUGAAAAGUAGCACAAUAUUCUUAUACUAUAGUAUAUAAAUAUUAAAAUGUCAAAGAAAUAAUAAAAAUCUCCAGGAUUUAUUAUUAUAAUUGACUAAUUUUAAAUAAUCCAUACUAAUAUUAUAAAUGCAUAAGUGACUGUUUGUCUGUCUGCUAGCUUCUCAUGGCCCAUCAGUUUAACUGAUUUGGAUGAAAAGCAUAGAGUUAGCAAGCAUCCUGGUGAUGGGCAUAGGCUACUUUUAUCCUGGAAAAUCAGAGUUCACACAAUAUUUGGAACCAUAAUCCACAUGGAUGAAGUUGCAGACAUCAUCUAGUAUUUUAUAUAUUUAAGUGAUAAUUAUUUUAAAUUUGCUUUCUACUAAUUUGUAAUUUGUUUGUAGUUCCUAGCUGUAAACAAUGUAGCUGAUCUUUAUUACCUUGCAGUGUUUUGUAUUUAAAAUUCAAAUAAAAACCUGUAUUAUUCAAAUAAAAAUGUAUUUGAACCAG